AUGCGCAAUGCAACCGACCAAUACAUCCCUAAUCACACAAUGCCCAUCUCCUCACUGAUCCACGCACCUGCCGUUGCCGCUGACGCUGCUGCUGCUGCUGUUGCUUCGGCUGCACCUGAUGCCUCAUCCGGCUGCCGGCUGCCGGCUGCCGUCUGCACAACCAUCAUGCCCACCUCGGUGAUCUGCAAUAGCAUCGCCUAG